UGGUGCUGGCUAGAGUGUAUGCUUUUGGACCCAAGCUUAUCUUCUCAAAUGUGGAAUCCCAGGCCUUCAUUGGUUUCUGAAAGAAGUUGACUACCUGAAAGGAAACUGCAAAACAUGAAAAUCGCCCUGAGGUGACCAACAAGUCCAUUGGCUCCUUACUCCUCCCAGGGCUGGAUCUGAGGUUGAAGAACUGUAACUUCAGAUGAGGAAACUUGGGCCCAGAGAGAAGGAGUGACAGCCCGAGGCACAUCGUGUGCAGCUCGGACCUCUGACUGCGGGCGGCACACGGCCCCCCUUCAACUUGGUUUGGAGCUGGAGUUCCUUGUAAGACCCCCAAUGGCGGACCAGAGGAUGGACAUUUCUUCAACAAUCAGUGAUUUCAUGUCCCCGGGCGCCACCGACCUCCUCUCCAGCCCCCUCGGCACCAGUGGCGUGGAUUGCACCCGCAAACGGAAAGGCAGCUCCACCGACUACCAACUUGAUGACUUUUCUUUUGAGGAAAGCAUGGACACAGACAAAGAUGACCCCCAUGGAAGGUUAGAAUACACGGAGCACCAAGGAAGGAUGAAAAACGCACGGGAAGCUCACAGUCAAAUUGAAAAGAGGCGUCGGGAUAAAAUGAACAGUUUUAUUGAUGAAUUGGCGUCCUUGGUACCAACGUGCAAUGCGAUGUCCAGGAAAUUAGAUAAACUUACUGUGCUAAGGAUGGCUGUUCAGCACAUGAAAACUUUACGAGGUGCCACCAAUCCAUACACAGAAGCAAACUACAAACCAACUUUUCUGUCAGAUGAUGAGUUGAAACACCUCAUCCUCAGGGCAGCAGAUGGAUUUUUGUUUGUCGUAGGAUGUGACCGAGGGAAGAUACUCUUUGUCUCAGAGUCUGUCUUCAAGAUCCUCAACUACAGCCAGAAUGAUCUGAUCGGUCAGAGUCUGUUUGACUAUCUGCACCCGAAAGACAUUGCCAAAGUCAAGGAGCAGCUCUCGUCCUCCGACACGGCCCCCCGGGAGCGACUGAUCGAUGCGAAAACUGGACUUCCAGUUAAAACAGAUAUAACCCCUGGGCCAUCUCGGUUAUGUUCUGGAGCACGGCGUUCUUUCUUCUGUAGGAUGAAGUGUAACAGGCCUUCAGUGAAGGUCGAAGACAAGGAUUUCCCCUCCACCUGCUCAAAGAAAAAAGCAGAUAGAAAAAGCUUCUGCACAAUCCACAGCACGGGCUAUUUGAAAAGCUGGCCACCCACAAAGAUGGGGCUGGACGAAGACAAUGAACCGGACAACGAGGGGUGCAAUCUCAGCUGCCUGGUCGCCAUAGGACGGCUGCAUUCGCACAUGGUUCCACAGCCGGUGAACGGGGAAAUCAGGGUGAAAUCCAUGGAGUAUGUUUCUCGGCACGCAAUAGAUGGGAAGUUUGUUUUUGUAGACCAGAGGGCAACAGCUAUUUUGGCAUAUUUACCGCAAGAACUUCUAGGCACAUCAUGUUACGAAUAUUUUCACCAAGAUGACAUAGGCCAUCUUGCAGAAUGCCAUAGGCAAGUUUUACAGACGAGGGAAAAGAUCACGACUAACUGCUAUAAGUUUAAAAUCAAGGAUGGCUCUUUCAUCACACUGCGGAGUCGGUGGUUCAGUUUCAUGAACCCUUGGACCAAGGAAGUAGAAUACAUUGUCUCCACCAACACUGUUGUUCUAGCCGACGUCCUGGAAGGCGGGGACCAAGGCUUCCCGCAGCUCACAGCGUCCCCCCACAGCAUGGACGGCAUGCUGCCCCCUGGAGAAGGUGGCCCAAAGAGGACCCACCCCACUGUUCCGGGGAUUCCUGGGGGAACCAGGGCUGGGGCAGGAAAAAUAGGUCGAAUGAUUGCUGAGGAAAUCAUGGAAAUCCACAGGAUAAGAGGGUCCUCGCCUUCCAGCUGCGGCUCCAGCCCCCUGAACAUCACAAGCACACCUCCCCCAGAUGCCCCUUCUCCGGGAGGCAAGAAGAUUUUAAAUGGAGGGACUCCAGACAUUCCUUCCAGUGGCUUACUACCUGGGCAGGCUCAGGAGAACCCAGGCUAUCCGUAUUCCGAUAGUUCUAUUCUUGGGGAGAACCCUCAUAUAGGCAUGGACAUGAUAGACACCGAUCAAGGCUCAAGCAGUCCCAGUAACGAUGAAGCAGCAAUGGCUGUCAUAAUGAGCCUCUUGGAAGCAGAUGCUGGCCUGGGUGGCCCUGUUGACUUUAGCGACUUGCCAUGGCCGCUGUAAACACUACCUGUUGCUUUAGCAACAGCUACAGUAUCAAAGUGCAUUACUGGUGGAGUUUUACAGUCUGAGAAGCUUACUGGGUAAGGAGAGAACAGCUUUUAUGUACUGUCUUCAUAAAAGCCAUCUCAGAGCCAUUGAUACAAGUCAAUCUUACUAUGUGUAACUUCAGACAAAGUGGAACUAAGCCUGCUCCAGUGUUUCCUCAUCAUUGAUUAUUGGGCUAGCUGUGGAUAGCUUGCAUUAAUUGUAUAUUUUGGAUUCUGUUUGUGUUGAAUUUUUUAAUCAUUGUGCACAGAAGCAUCAUUGGUAGCUUUUAUAUGCAAAUGGUCAUUUCAGAUGUAUGGUGUUUUUACACUACAAAGAAAUCCCCCAUGUGGAUAUUUCUUAUACUAAUUGUAUCAUAAAGCUGUUUAUUCUUCCUUGUAAGAAUCCUUUACUAUAAAUAUGGGUUAAAGUAUAAUGUAUUAGACAGUUAAAUAUUUUUAAUAAAUGUUUCCCUUGUUCUAUAAA